CGGCAGUGCCUCCGCUCAUGACCACGUCACAAUGGAGGAGUUUCUCAUUGCACCUUACAACUGUGGAGGCUAUCCUGGCUAUUUCCCCGUUUAUCCCGGCAACGGUAAAUUUAAGCAUCAGAACUGGAACAAAAAGGGAAACAGUUUUUAUGUUGCGCCAGACGCCCCCGAUUAUUUCGACUUUUAUAAGCGCGCGCAGUUAAAAGCGAUAUUAUCUCAGGUGAACCCGAACCUAACGCCGCGCCUCCGCAAGGCCAACACUAGAGAGUUCGGUGUGCAGGUCAACCCAAAGGUAGAUACCACUGUUCAAUGCUCACUCGGGCCCAAAACGCUGUUUUAUCGCAGUGAUAAAUGGGACUCACCAAGGACGCCGUCCAUCAGUCCUCUGAAAGACACCCUGCCCAGCACACCUGUCAACUCCGUGCGCUUCUCCCGCACCGUCGCCAUCUACUCUCCUGUCUUCGACCGCAGGAUUUUCUCCUUAUCCACGACUGCCGGUGAAAGCAAGGACGAUGGAGGGGAUGAGAGCAAGGAGACGAACGACGACGAGAAGUGUAAACCGGAUGAACCGACGCACAACGAAACACUGCAGGGGAAGUCGGUGAUCCAGCGAAAUAAACGGUCAAACUUUCAGUUUCUGGAGCAGAAAUACGGAUUUUAUCACUGCAGUAAGUGCAAUAUUCGAUGGGAAAGUGCGUUUGUGUGGUGCAUCUCGGGAACCUCCAAGGUGUACUUCAAGCAGCACUGCAGGAAGUGCCAGGCAGGACUGAAUCCAUAUAGGGUGGAGUCCAUUCAGUGCCAGGUUUGCUGCAAGACUCGCUGCUGCUGUGAAAGGAAGCAGAGGCAUGUUGACAUGCGCAGUCCUCACCGCCAGGAUCUGUGCGGCCGCUGCAAGGGCAAAGGCCUUUCCUGUGACACCAUCUACAGUUUCAAGUACAUAGUCUAAUUGUUCAGGUCUAUAAACGUUUUAGAAUUGCAUUGGUAGCUCAAGUGACAUCUUGGGUGGGAUGUAUUGUAUUUUUGUAUUCCAAUAAAUUUAUAAACCAAGUAUUGCAGCAUAA